AAGUUACUCUCUCAAAUAUACUGAAAUCAAGUUGGUUAAAUAAAAAUACAUUUAAGCUGUAAAUAGACCCCCACCCAGAAAAAAGAAAAGAAACCUCGAAUAUGAAUAGGUAACUCAAUAACGCAGUCACAUGACUGACAAGAGCCCUGAGAUAAACAGACUUUAUAGCCCUGCUGAAACAGGAAGUGCUUCAAAGGAGAAACUUCCCCAGACACAAACGGAGCUCCGGUUUAUGCUGAGACGUUGGGGCCUUCGUCCGACAGGCUUGACAGCUGACACCGUCUGCAGCUUCCCACCGGGUGGUCGUCACACGACUCGACUCUUCUCCUCUUCUUUUUCACAGGCUCAUGUUUGAGGAUUUUGCGCCACCUUGUGAGCGAACUGCCUCCCCGGCAGGGCCAACGUAGCAUCUCUUACAAAAUGGUGUCAAUAAUUUGCACUCUUCGACACCACACAGACGAGCUCAGCUGCUGCGCCUUCUCUCCGUCCCUCCUGGCGACCUGCUCCGUUGAUAAAACUCUGCGUGUUUAUAACACAGCUGACUUCUCGGAGCUUCCCUUUUCGCCCCUCUCGGGCCACGGCUACGGGGUCCACUGCUGCCGCUUCAGCUCCUGUGGCAGAUACCUGCUCAGCUGCUCUACGGACGGCUCCAUCAUCGUGUGGAGCUCGGACACAGGCGAAGCGACAGCAGUGGUACGGCACCCGGCCCUCAGUCCGCUCCGAGUGUGUGCCCUGGCACCGGACUCCUCCUACCUGCUGGCAGGGGCCUGUGACGGCACCGUGGCCCUCUGGGACUUCCCCUCCAAGACAUUACGCAGAUGCAGUGCAGUAAGCGAGGCCAGUGUUGUGGCUUGCUGCUUCUCCCCGUGUGGCCAGUUUUUCGUGACUGGCUGCACCCACGGAGACCUUAAACUCUGGGAUGUGGACAUCAGCAUCCUGCAUAUUGUGAAAGACGCACACGACCUGGGGGUCACCUGCUGCAGCACCGCACCCCAGUUCGAAGUUGAUGGCUGCCGUGUGGAGUUUCGACUGGCCUCCUGUGGACAGGACAGCCAGCUGAAAAUAUGGAUUGUUUCCCAGCAUGAAGGAGCAGCAUGUGUCAUGAAGCUCCUUCACACUCUCACCAGUCAUUCGGCUCCAGUUCUGUCUUGUGCAUUCUCCUCUGACGGAGAUCUGGUCGUCUCAGGGUCAGUGGAUAAAAGUGUUGCAAUAUAUGAUGCGACCCUUGGAAUCCUGCUCCACACUUUGAAACAGCACAACAGGUAUGUGACUGCUGUAGCUCUGUCUCCCACCAUGCCUUGGAUUGCAACCGGCUCCAUGGACAGAACAGUGAAUGUGUGGAGAAUAGGAGAUGGAGACAGUAGAACUGCAGCUGAAUCAAGACCGACCGUGUGCCAAGGAAAGAAGUUGCCGGGUCACUCCAGGCUGCUGGUUGCUGAUUGGUCGGAGGAGGAUGUGCAGACUUGGCUGUGUGAGGAAGGACUGGAGGAGCUUGUCGGCAACUUUAAAGCCAACGAUAUCGACGGACCAGAGCUUAGCCAGCUGAACACAGAAACAGCUGCAGAGCUAGGAAUUGAAUCUGUGGGCCUCCGUGGUCGUCUCCUGAGGAAAAUCGAGGCCUUGAAGGCAGAGCAGAGCGGUUCAGAGGCCCCUGAUGAGUUUCUGUGUCCAAUUACCAGAGAGCUGCUAAAGGAUCCCGUCAUUGCUGCAGAUGGGUAUUCCUAUGAGCGAGAAUCCAUUGAGAGCUGGAUCAGAAGCAAAAAGAAAACCAGCCCCAUGACGAAUCUGCCCCUACAGACCACACUGCUAACCCCCAACAGAGCUCUGAAGAUGGCAAUAACACGAUGGAAAUUUAGCCAGUAGACAGCAGCUCAUUUCAGCUUAUCUGUUAGAAUCCACCAAACAGUAAUUGCUCACCUGAUUGCAAGUGCUCUUACUACCAUUAGAAUAAGUAGUUACUAAAAUAGAGCUUUGUUCAGGGUGCCACUCAAGUUAAAUUGGACAA